AUGGGGGCGCCGAGCAGCCGCGCGCUGGCGCUGGGCGCGGCCUUCCUGCUGCUCCUCGUCGCGCUGCCCUCGGCCUUCCUCUACCUCACCUCCUCCGCGGCGCCCGCAAUACCCGCGCCACCCUCCUCAACCUCAAGCCCUUCUCCGCCAGCCAUGAUGGGGGCCGACGCCGGCGCCGGCGGCGCGGGUUUCCCCGCGUGGCCGCCGUCCGCGGGCGGGAUCAGGCGCCAGCACAGCGUGGAGUACUGGAUGAUGGCGUCGCUCCAGGACGCGGGCGCGGGGCCGGAGGGGGGAAGGGAGGUCGUCAGGGUGCGGGAUCCUGACGCCGCCGAUGCCUUCUUCGUGCCCUUCUUCUCCUCGCUCAGCUUCAACGUGCACGGCCGCAACAUGACCGACCCCGACACCGAGGCCGACCGCCUCCUGCAGGUUGAACUUGUGGACAUUCUAUGGAAGUCUAAAUAUUGGCAAUGGUCUGCGGGCCGUGACCAUACUUUGGGAGAUACACAAAGGCUGGCUUCCCUGAGGAAAGAUGUUGUGGCACCAUAUGUGCAUGUUGUGGAUUCCUUCCUUGAUGAUGAUCCACCUGAUCCAUUUGAGGCUCGUCAUACACUGCUUUUCUUUCGAGGCCGUACUGUCAGGAAAGAUGAAGGGAAGAUCCGGGCAAAACUUGGGAAGAUAUUAAAAGGCAAGGAAGGGUGCGCUUUGAGAAUAGCAUUGCCACAGGCGGCAUGUGCAUUAAAAUAUCUACAGAAGGUAUCGCGAUCGUCAAAGUUUUGUCUUCACCCUGCUGGGGACACUCCUUCCUCAUGCCGCCUGUUUGAUGCCAUAGUCAGUCAUUGUGUUCCUGUGAUAGUCAGCAGUCGCAUUGAGCUCCCUUUGAAGAUGAGAUUGAUUACACUCAGACAGAUCCCCAAAAAGAAGUGGGUUGAUAUGUGGUCAAAGCUUAAAAAUGUCUCUCAUCAUUAUGAAUUCCAGUAUCCCCCCAGGAAGGGUGAUGCUGUGAACAUGAUAUGGAGGCAGGUGAGGCACAAAAUCCCUGCAGUUAACCUUGCUAUUCACAGGAAUAGAAGACUCAAAAUUCCAGACUGGUGGGGAUAA